GCUAUAGAAAGGAGAUGCAGCACGCAAUCAUAUCAUGCUGAAAGAUCGGAUAGUUGGCAUCUCCGUGCUAGUUUUAUUUUGGACGUGUUGCGCGGUUGAAGCGCGUGAAUGUUUAGACCGUGGCGAUGUGGAUGGCCGGCUAAGUUUCGACGUCGAUCAGGCAGGUGAGGUUGGCGAGGCUUGGAAACACAGAUUUGAAUCAACUCGAGCGUAUCUGGUAAAUGGAGAAGAACGUUGGGAAUCGCUCAUAUCUAAUGGCAGCUUUAGUUUUCGUGGUGUGUGCGCCGGCGAGUACCAGCUGCAAAUACAGAGCGCAUACUACGAAUUCUCUCCUGUGCAGGUGAUAGUGACAGGUGAUAGACAUGCUAGAUCUGAAGAUUUUGCUGGUGUGAGCGGGGUGAUAAAGCCUAGAAGGCAACUCAGAUACGAUCGGCCGGAACUGUCGGCGACAAUCGCACUUAAAAGCGUAUUAUCCAGCCCCUUGAUACUAAUGAUGCCAAUUGGAAUAGGAGUGAUCAUGCUGAACUAUUUAAGUCCAGAGAUAAUGCAAGAAAUUCAUACAAAUGCUGGUCAGGAUGGUCGAUCGAAAUCGAGCAAGCUUUCUCGUAAUCGAUUACCAAAGUUACUCUUCCUAGAUGACGCUGAAUCUCGUUCUAUUUUCUCGGUGGAGAGGUCUUGAAUAUGGUUGCCCAUAGAAGGAAAAAACACAUUUAUGCAGUGUGAUAAUACAUUAAUAUACAUAGACAGUAAUUUUAUGAGA